UUACACUUUUCGCUUUGGCCGUACGGGGUUGUGUUUGACUUUAAAAGUGUACUCUUUGCUUAAAAGCACUGCAAUAAAUACAACCUGAAAGAACACACUAAUAUUGCGAGUUGCAACAGCUAAUUAUCAAGUGCUUUGGUUUUUUCUGGUGCCUGGAGCAUAUUUUUUCGUCCACGUGGUACUUGUGCUGUGCUUUUUCUAACGAAAAUGGCUGCUGAUUUAACCGAUGAGGCAGUGUUGAACAAACUGUGGCGCAUUCGUAGGACUGUAUUCGAAAUGGGCCACGAUCGCGGCUUUUUGGUAACUAAGGAUGAGCUGGACCAGACGCUGCAGGAGUUCAAAGAUCUUUUCGGCGAUGCUCCGAGCGCGCAGAGGCCGAUGCGAUCCGACCUCAAUAUGCUGCUGACCCACGAUGACGACGAUACGAAUAGGAUGUUGGUGUUCUUCUUCGAUGAGCCGAAGAUCGGCGUUGCCACGGUGAAUUCCUUUACCAACCGUAUGCGGGAUGAGAACAUUCGUCACGCCAUCAUUGUGUCCCAGGCUGGCUUGACAACCGCGGCCAAGAGAGCGCUCCUAGCCUUGAAGAACAGUGACAAUUUCGAUGUGGAACAGUUUCUGGAGAUUGAGCUGAUGGUAAACAUCACUCAACACGAUCUGGUGCCGGAGCAUGUGCUGCUGACGGAUGCGGAGAAACAGGCUCUGUUCGCUAAAUACAAUCUGAAGCCGGAAUUGAUGAUGAUCCUACUGACCACCGAUCCAGUGGCUCGUUACUACGGCUUUAAGCCUGGUCAAGUGGUGAAGAUUAUCCGUUUGUCGGAGACAGCCGGUAGAUCCGCCUCCUACCGCGUGGUCCGCAAGCCCCAGUGACCGCCCCCAACCCCAUUGUGAUGUUAUUGUAAUGUAUUUCACGGACAACAUGUUUUCAGAAAUAAACUAUAACUACAUCUGUGAUCUGGAACGCAGAAGUAGGAGAAAUCUGUCUGUGUAA